AUGAAUGUGGACAAGGCGAUAGAAGCCGGCCACGCACCCGUGGUCGAUGUCACUCAUCCUGUCGAUACCGACAGCGAAACCCUCUCUGCGAAUGCUCAAGAGGGUGUAAGAAGAAUGCAGGCCACGACCCAAGUGUGGACCAAGAGCCACCUCAUCGCGGCAUACGUUAUGAUGUGGAUUAUAACUUUUGUGGAUUACGCGCAGGGUGGAACGAGCGGCAACCUCACUCCUUAUGUUACUUCUGCAUUUGAGCAGCAUUCUCUGACUUCUUACACCUAUGUCAUGUCGGGAGUGAUAGGCGGUGUUCUCAAGUUGCCUCUAGCCAAAAUCCUUGACAUUUUCGGACGCCCACAAGGUUACGCACUCAGUGUAGGCUUGAUUGUCCUUGGAUUGAUUAUGAUGGCGGCAUGCAACAAUGUGCAAACGUUUGCUGCGGCUCAGAUAUUCUAUUCUAUUGGCUCCAAUGGCCUCAGCUACACGUUGAGCAUCUUCGCCGCAGAUACCUCACAUCUCAAGAAUCGAGGCUUCAUGUACGGAUUUAUUAGUUCGCCAUAUCUGAUCACAAUGUGGAUCAGUGGGCCGAUCGCCGAUGCCUUUUUGAAGGGGCCGGGUUGGAGGUGGAGUUUCGGCAUGUGGGCUAUCGUUACCACUGUUGUCUGCGCCCCCCUCUACAUUCUGUUCACGAUCAACUAUAAGAAAGCCAUCAAGGCUGGAAUAAUUGUCCCAGUGAAAAGCAGUCGCACAUUCAAGGAGUCUGUCAGAUACUACAUCGUCGAAUUCGACGCCGGAGGUCUAUUCUUGCUGCUUGCAGGCCUCGUACUCUUCCUGCUGCCAUUCAGUCUAUAUUCUUACCAAGAAGACCAGUGGAGAUCGGCACUCGUAAUUUCAAUGCUGGUAAUUGGAGGUCUUCUACUAAUUGCUUUUGUCUUUUAUGAGAAAUAUGUCGCUCCCAAAAGCUUUAUUCCUUACCAGCUUCUGCUGGACAGAACGGUGUUGGGGGCAUGUAUUUUGGCAGGUGUCUUGUUCCUGUCUUUCUACAUUUGGCGGAACUACUUUACUUCCUUCCUUCAAGUUGUCAAUGGUCUCAGUAUAAUUGAGUCCAAUUAUGUUGUUGAAGUAUACGGCAUAGGAUCUUGCAUCUCCGCUAUCCUUUCUGGCAUUGCCAUUCGUUGGUCUGGUCGCUUCAAGUGGAUUGCGCUGUACUUGGCCGUACCUUUGCAGAUGCUUGGAAUCGGUCUUAUGAUCCACUUCCGUCGACCGGAUGUCAAUAUUGGGUUCAUCAUCAUGACCCAGAUCUUCAUUUCCUUCGCAGGCGGAGCUUUGGUCAUCACUGAACAGAUUGCCGCCAUGGCUGCGACCGACCACCAACACGUUGCUGUCGUGAUCGCCCUUGAAACCAUGUUCAGCAACAUUGGUGGUGGCAUUGGAUCUUCCAUUGCUGCAGCCGUCUGGACAGGCGUGUUUCCCAAGAGGCUCAUGGAGCUACUUCCCGAAGAUUCGCUGGAGAACUUCGCAAGUAUCUACGGAGACCUUUCGGUUCAACUAAGUUAUCCGAAAGGAAGCCCCACGCGGAUCGCCAUCGAACAGGCUUACAGCGAUGCGCAGAAAUGGAUGAACCUUGGUGGGCUAUUAUUCAUUACUCUUGCUCUUCCUGCUGUGAUGGCAUGGCGGAACAUAAAGGUCAAGGACUUUAAACAGGUCAAAGGACUUGUAGCCUAA